CAACUUAUUGAACCUGUCAGCCCCACUUUCUAACUUUUCUUUAUUCUUUGGGGUUGAAAAAACAGUGCAAAAAACAAAGUCAUGAGUAUGUUUUCAUGCUUUUAGGCUGUAAUCUUUGUGCCACUAAUACCAUAUCUCAACGUUCAUCCAUUUUCCAUCAAACUAAGUGUAGGAAAAGUUUGAUUCUUGGUAAAGAAGUAUACACAAUUUUGACUAAACAUACCAAAGUUGUGGCCUUUUUUCUCUGUUCUGUUUAUAGAAGUUGUUUUCAUUUGAGUUCUUGAAGUUGGUUUUUUGUUGAUUGUUGAGAAAUGGGUCCAUCAGAUAAGUUGUUUAACAGACAAAGAAGUCUUCAUCAGAUCCUUGGAGGAGGUUUUGUUGCUGAUGUUGUUCUAUGGAGGCGAAAAGACGUGACAGUGGGAAUUCUUGUAGUAACAUUGUUUGCUUGGGUAGUGUUUGAGAGAUCUGGUUAUACACUUUUAUCAUUAGUCUCAAGUGUUUUCUUUCUGCUGUUCACCAUUUUGUUUCUAUGGGCUAAAUCAGCUGCAAUUCUUAACAGACCAGCUCCACCUCUGCCACAUCUGCAUCUCUCUGAAGAAAUGGUAAACGAAGCUUCUUGUUUAAUCCGCAAUCACAUCAACAUGUUAUUGUCGGUUUCUGAGGAUAUUGCCCUUGGUAAGGACACAAAUAUGUUUGUUAAGGUCUCUACGGGGCUGAUUCUGGUAUCUGUCAUUGGUGGCUUGACCGAUUUCCUCACAUUGGGCUACACUAGCCUUCUGAUUGUUCUUACAGUUCCUGCGCUCUAUGAGAAGUAUGAAGACCAAGUUGAUGCAUGUGUGUUAAUGGCAUACAGGAAAUUGUGGCAGUUGUAUCAUAAAUUUGAUGCAGUGUGUGUUAGCAAGGUUCAAAGAUUGAGUUUGGAAAAGAAGAAAUUAAGCUAAACCAUUUUCUUUGUUUUGUUAAGUUUUUUUCAACUUUCUUGUGGGUAAGGUUGUUUUGGGGUUUGGGGUCUCAAUAGCCUUUGUCAUACAUCUUGGUUUCUUUCCCGUUUUCUCUUUCUCAUCGGAAGUGAAUGGAGAUCGAGUGCUCCGAGGGGCACCAAGAUGUGAGAGAUUGUAAUUUGCACAUAUAUUGUGUACGUUAUCUUAAAUGGAUACGGAAGACUAAUUUGGGAUUGAAGCAUAGUAGAUCGAUUGAUUAUGUACAUCCACUUCUUGCAAAGCAAUCUAUUGUAAGGUCUUAACCAAGUUGUAAGCUUGCAACAUGAUUUGCCUAUAAGAUAUGUAUAAUUGAACUAAUAAAUUAUUCAGCAAUUAUUGUUAGUUAAAUAA